AUAAGAAAAGUAGCCAACUUACUAUUUUUGAAGGGUUUCUAUUUUCUCUCACCUUCACUUAUUAUCAUCUUUAUUUCUCUCUCUCUCUCUCUAGGUUGUGUUACCUACUCAACAGGUUAACCCCCAAAAAUUAAAAAAAAUCCUAGUUUUUGAGAAGUAUUUUAGAGAGGCAAAAGCUAUAGAAAAACCCAGUUCUAUAUUUAGUAUUCUUUCAUAAAUUUUAUAGCUAGACUUCUCAUAUUAUUUUUCCUUUUUUUGAGCAUCUAUUAUAAUAUUUUAUAAGUGUAAUAUAUAUAUCAUAAUAAAUAAAUAUUUAUAUUACAAAAUAAUGGGAAGAGGGAGAGUAGAAUUGAAGAGAAUUGAGAACAAAAUAAAUAGGCAAGUAACUUUUGCAAAGAGAAGAAAUGGUUUGCUUAAGAAGGCUUAUGAACUUUCUGUUCUUUGUGAUGCUGAAGUUGCUCUUAUCAUCUUCUCUAACCGCGGUAAACUCUAUGAAUUCUGCAGCAGUUCCAGUAUGGCAAAAACCUUGGAGAGGUAUCAAAGGUGUAGCUAUGGUUCACUUGAAACGGGUCAGCCUUCAAAGGAGAACGAGAAUAGCUACCAAGAAUAUCUAAAGUUGAAAGCCAAAGUUGAUGUUCUACAACGAAACCAAAGGAAUCUUCUAGGGGAGGAUUUGGCAGAGUUGAGUACCAAGGAGUUGGAGCAGCUUGAGCAUCAACUAGACAAGUCCUUAAGGCAAAUCAGAUCAAUUAAGACACAACAUAUGCUUGAUCAACUAGCAAACCUUCAAAGAAAGGAGGAGAUGUUGCUAGAGUCCAAUAGAGCUUUGAAAGCAAAGUUGGAAGAAUCUUGUGCAACGUUGAGGCAACAAUGGGAUGUUGAAGCGGCACAAAAUAAUCCUACACCUUAUGUUCGCCAAUCUAAUGAGGAUUUCUUUGAGCCACUGCCUUGCAACAAUAACUUGCCGCCAAACGGUUAUAAUGUUGUGACGCAGGAUCACUUGAACAACGCGACAACUUCAACUCAUAAUGACAAUAAUAAUGGCUUUACACCAGCAUGGUUGCUUUGAUUUACAUGAACUGUUUUUUAGUAUAAGUUUACUUCUUGAUGAUUAAUCUAACUAUAAUGGACUUUGUAUUGUAAUAAUGUACGUUUAUUAUAGUCUGAAUAAAUCAAUAAAGCAGUUGAAGAGGGCGCAUAUUUCAUUUCCUAAAAAGAAUGUGAUUUAAUGGAUGAAUUUUACUACUUUAGGACCUACUGUACAAUGGAAGAAGAGUAGAAGACUUAAAACAUUACAGCUGAAUAAAUUAAGCUCGUCAAAUGAUUAUAG